AUGGGCGUCGGUCAGUCGCGCGAAGAUGCUGGGCAUGCUUCUCCAGAGCAAUUGAGCCUAAUACUGGCGGAACGUUUUGCGACAAAGUGCUUCACGCCCUUAGAGCUCACCCACUUCAAAGACAACUUCUUUACCCGUGCAACAGACCAGGAUGGUCUCAAGUACUGGAACGAGAAAACGCUCUCUGACUUCCUGGGAAUCCCAGACCAAAGUGAUGCCCAUUGUCCUCUGGAUGCCGGGCCAGUUAUAUUCCGCAUGGUUUCAUAUCUUGGGGCUUUUCCUUUCCAGAACUCACUAGCCCCUAGUGUUCUGACGUUUGAGGCUAUGGUGAAAGUGACCGUGUUGCUGACGGAGCGAUACGGGAAGGUCCUUCGCCGAGGACAAAAGAACAGACUUAGGUUACUUUUUGGUAGCCUUGCCGACGUUGGGAGAAAAGAAGUUGAGAAACCACCCGAGAGCGGGGAUGAGGACAAGGUGGAAGAUGCGCCCAGCUCACAUGCUCCUGGGUUUGAUAUUGAUGCGCCGGCCAAUGAUAAUUAUGACGAGGAUGAGGAUGAUGACCUCGCGCUUGCUGCACUGGAAUCGUUGGAUGCCAUCGAAGUUUUCAAGCACGACUCACGCAUAGAUAGGAGAGUCUAUGAGGCUCGCAUCUCUGUGAGCACGUUUCGUCGCCUUCUGAUGCUCCUGCUAGUUGUCGCGCCAUUGAAGCCUCUCGAGGAUGUCAACAUUUAUAUGGCCGAUCUUACUGAGGAACGAAUGAAAGCUGUGCGAGAAGAAGCGGAUAGCAUUCUGGCGGCCUUUGAUCAAGGGUCGUCUGGAGGGAUCAGUUACAAAACAUUCGCAGACACGAUCGCCGCCUCCUUUCCCUACAUCUUCGACCCAUUGACGCCAUUGUUUGAACACCUUCUUUUCAGUAAGAAUCUAGACUUUGCUAGGAACCGCGGAGAUGAUACCGCUGGAACAGAUUCAGCUUCGUCAGAUUCGGAUCCCGUGAAAGCUUCACCUCUAUCACGCAUUACGCUUCCAGGAAGCUUCGAAUCAGCGAUUUUGAGCUCCAGCAUGGUGUCCCACCUUUCAUUCUUCCUUCCUUCAACAUCAGUCGACAAAAACCUUCUUCACGGAAACGUCCGCCUUCACCCCGUCUUCUCAACCGCAGCGCACGGUUCCUCGCUGACUUCAUUCUCCCACAACGUCCUCACUUGGCAAUCAGGAACACUCCUACUGCUCGACGGAUUAGACACCGAUACAGGCGACUCUUUCAAGAUAGGCGCGUACCUACCUCAGCCCUGGAAAUCACCUACGUCAAGUUACGGCACUUCCAAAUUUUCCACUUCUGUCCUCCACUCUCUCUUCCAACUAUCCCCUCAACACGUCCUCCUACCAGGAAACCCAUCCCCAUCCAUUCUUGAUGCACAAAAUACCCCCAUUGCCUACUUCUCAACCUACCACGGCAUCUCCAUCGGCUGCCAAAUCCCUCCUUCCUCUAGAACCCAAAAGCUUCCACCCACUCCCCAUGGCGCGGGAAGUCUCACAAUCGAUACGAGCCUCGAAUUCGCAGACUUCCACGUUUCGUCCUUUGGGACUAACGGUGUCUUCCUACCCCCGUACACACUGUCAUCAACAUCUUCCUCCUCCACGUCUGCAUCCAAGACACGUAUCGACAUUUAUAACCUAGAAAUAUGGGGUUUAGUUCCUGAGCCGGAUAAUUCAUCAUCCCACGGACAAGGAAAGAAGAGCGCCGUUGAACUACAACAAGCGAAAUGGGAUUUCGAGACUAGGGAGGCGGAGCGGAGACGUCAUGUCAACUUGAAUGCUUCAGGUGGGGAUUCGGGUGUUGAGCAGGCGAGAUGGUUGUUGGAGACUGCGGGAAUAAUUGGGAAUGAUAGUGGUGCUGGGAGGACUGGGGGAAGUACUUGA